GAGACUUUCGCAGCGCGCGCGCGGGUGGAACGCGGACGGAUGAUCGACUCGAGAAGAAUUGCGUGUGUCCGAUAUGGAAUAUGGAUUAUAAACACACUCCUGCCUGCUGAUAAUCCGCAUUCCUGCUCUUAAUACACAUUUACUGCUAUUUAAAUAUCCAGGGAUUGUAUUUUUUUUUUUCUUUCUUUUUUUUUUUUUGCACUAAAAAUGGAGCUCCCUGCGGCAGGAGAGCAGGUCUUCGCCGUGGAGAGCAUCGAGAAGAGACGCAUCCGAAAGGGAAGGUUUGAGUACCUGGUCAAGUGGAGCGGCUGGUCACCAAAGUACAACACGUGGGAACCGGAGGAAAACAUCCUCGACCCUCGCCUCCUCGUCGCUUUCCAGCACAGGGAGCAUGAGGAGCAGCAGAUGGGUUAUCGCAAGAGAGGCCCGAAACCCAAACACUUUGUUACCCAGGUCUCAUCAUUCGCCUGGAGAUCCAGCGCACUUUCCGCCCUCCAUGACGCAUCGCAGGACAACAGGAUCCGAGCCAACGAUCUGAUGCCGAUGGAUCGGUUCCAUUUGGACAACAGGAGGCAGGAUUCAUACAAAAACAUGGAUGAUAUCCUGAUCAACGGGAAGAAUGAGAAGAAGCAGCACCAGUACCAACCUGAACCCAAACUGUAUCAGCAGGAACAGGCCCAGGAACCACGUUCAGCCAGGAGCAUGGAGCUGGAGAAGGAGCUGGAUGGUGGAAGGGAAGAUUCGAAGCUCAGUAAGGAGAGCAUGAGAAAUGUAAACGGCGUAAACAGAAAACUAAAAAUCGUGGAGAACAAGAACAAAAACGGACGCAUCGUCAUUGUGAUGAGUAAGUACCUGGAGAACAGGAAACAUGCCCACGGAGGAGUGGAGCAGAACCAGACGUCAGAGAGCGGAACCAUUUUCACAAACGGCACCGUGGAGAAACCUGAACACCAAAACGGUGUCCAUAAGCGGCGUCACUCAGAACCUUCUGGUGAUGGAGUGGACGCUAAAAGGUUCCUGAGCUGCAGGAGCAUAAGUGCACCAAAUGCAAGCUCGAGUCAGAGGCAAAGUAACGGCUCAAACCACAACAUAAAAGAAUCCUUAGAAUCAUGUCAGGACGAGCCCAUAGAUCUGAGCUUCACGGGUUCUCAAAAAAAAAUGAACUCCAAGAUGGACUGUGGGAUAAACAGCUGCUCGAACCCAGUCGAGACAGAGACUCCUUCUUCUCCUUCUUCUCCUUCAACACCCGAAUCUUCGUCGAGCUUCACGCCUUUCCUCGGAAAUAUAAUAAUCACAGACGUCACGGCCAACUGCCUCACAGUGAGGUUCAAGGAAUACAUACCAGUCUAAAAAAAAUACAACUAACGGUUAUUUAGUAAAAUCGUGCGCCUGUAAAUAAGCUUUUUUUCCCGAAUAAUCUGAUAGAAAAGUUUUUAUUUUUACACAAAAAAUACUUUUUUUGAAGCUGCUUUGCUUGUUUAGCACCAAUAAACACUCUGUCUGUCUCAGCCAAUCACAAGACAUUACAUCAUCACACCGUUUACUGAAGACGGAUAGGAGGCGGAGCUUAAUGCGAUCUCGAUAAGUCGCAAGAAUCCCUCAGAGUUAGCAAACGAUUUAUUGCUGAUUAUUAAAUUUACCUGCUGCUAUUCAUGUUGUGAUCAUAUUUUAUGUAAUGUGUUUGUAGGGUUUGUAACGAUACGGCGUGUCGAUACUUUUAACACUCCGCAUAAUAAUAAAUAUCAGCAUGUCGAAAUAAAAUACACGAUAACAAACUAGCAUACAAACUGGCACUAAUAUUAAAGUAUCCAAAUGAAUAUCA